UUUGUCAUCAACAUGGCUGAGUAUCUAGCAUCGAUUUUCGGCACUGAGAAGGAUAAGGUCAAUUGCAGCUUCUAUUUCAAAAUAGGAGCAUGCCGUCAUGGAGACCGCUGUUCAAGAAUUCAUAACAAGCCAACUUUUAGUCAGACUGUCCUCAUCCUCAACCUCUACUGUAACCCCCAGAACUCUGCUAAAUCAGCUGAUGGAUCGCACUCCACAGUUAGUGAUGAAGAGAUGCAAGAGCACUACGACAACUUUUUUGAGGAGGUAUUUGUAGAGUGCGAGGACCGCUAUGGAGAAAUUGAAGAAAUGAAUGUUUGUGAUAACCUUGGUGACCACCUGGUGGGCAAUGUUUACAUAAAGUUUAAGUAUGAAGAGGAUGCAGAGAAGGCAGUAGUUGACUUGAACAAUCGAUGGUUUGGAGGUCGUGCUAUUAAUGCUGAACUGAGCCCUGUGACAGAUUUCCGAGAGGCCUGUUGUCGGCAGUAUGAAAUGGGAGAAUGUACCCGCAGUGGAUUUUGCAACUUUAUGCACCUCAAACCAAUAUCCAGGGAGCUACGUAGAGAACUUUAUGGGCGCAAAAGGAAAAGAUCACCAGCCAGGAACCGCCGUCGUAGGUCUCCAUCAAGGAGUCGAAGGUCAUCACGUUCUCGUUCUAGAUCCAAGGAGCAUAGACGGGAAUUCAGAGAGAAUUCGGCAUCACUGGAAAGAUUCCGUUCAAAUUCUCAAGAUAAAGAACAACGAGAAGGCCGAUUUGGGCGUUUUUAAAAAAUUCAGUUACGAAUUGCUUUUCAUGUUUACUUUAGUGAUAAUAAGGGGGCUAUUUACAGCAGUAUUUUCAUAAAAAGAGGAAAAUUGUCUGUGAUGGGUUUAUUUAUGGUGCAAAUUUUUUUUGUACUGUAUAUGUAAAGUUUUCUUAAUAGAAUGUGAUUGAAUGUUACAAGUUAAUGUUUCAUCUCUUGGAGCAUGCUGAAUAUGCUUAAGGUACUGUAUUAUUAAUCUGGAAGUUAUAUUACAACUGAUUUUAAGUGUUCAUAGAAAAUUUUGUUUGUCACAACCAAAUAGAGAGUCUUAAGAAUAAAUGAAGCAGUGUGAACUUUCAUGGUGUUAAUAACAGCCUUACUUUGUGGAAAUAAUACAGUAUUAAAUGCCUACUGUAUGAAUUAAAUGGUGUCACAAAGUUUUACUGCUCAACUAGCUGACCUGAUAAGGCUGUCCAUAUGACUGAAAUUCCAAGUACUCAACAUAUGUAGUAAUCUGGUUGCCAGUAGAAAUGAUAUGCAGUUAUUUUUUCUUUCAUAUAAGAAAUUAUACAAAAGUUAUGAAUCAGAACCUCUUAAUCUCUUCUUUACUGUAAAACAAACGUGUAGUAUUGUUGGUGUGGUAUAUACAUGUAUCACUAUUUCAGUUUGCUAUAAAGAAGGGGUCAGGAAAAGUUCCUCAAUUACAGAAGUCAUUCCUGCCCAAGUUUGUUAUUAGAACCAGGAUAUUAAAACAGCAUUUUCCCA